UACAAUCACCAUUUACCAACCACACCCAUUGAUGGAGCCAAAGAGGAUCACUGAACUUUUUGGCCUCUGCUUGUAAAUGAAAAAGCAUACAAGCAAACCAUCAAAGCCACAAAUCUCUUCAUUUCUGUCUCUUUGUGUGAAAUCCACUCUUCACCAGAGUUGUUGGUACCCAACCACUCCCUUGUGGCUCGUAAUCCUACCCUGAGAUUCCAUUUUUAAGCCUCUUCACCCCUCAAAAGAGAGGAACUUUGAGGGUGCUUUUUGCUGGGAAUGCUCCGUCACUUUCUGCAGAUUUGAGAACUUGGGUUGGGACUUAAAUCUGCAUCAAAUUCGAUUCAGUUUCAUUUUCUAACGUUCAAGAUGGGAGAUGUAGCUAAGGACCUAGCAUCUGGAACUGUGGGAGGAGCAGCACAGUUGAUUGUUGGGCACCCUUUUGAUACCAUCAAGGUGAAGCUUCAAAGCCAGCCUGCUCCGCUCCCCGGUCAACCGCCUAAGUUUGCUGGUGCUAUGGAUGCUGUGAAGCAGACUAUAGCUGCUGAAGGUCCCAAGGGCUUGUAUAAGGGAAUGGGGGCUCCACUAGCCACUGUGGCAGCCUUCAAUGCUGUCCUCUUUACUGUGAGAGGGCAAAUGGAAGCAUUGCUGAGAUCCGAGCCUGGCGCCCACCUCACGGUUAACCAGCAGGUCAUUGCUGGGGCUGGGGCUGGAGUUGCUGUCUCUUUCUUAGCUUGCCCCACUGAAUUGAUCAAAUGCAGAUUGCAAGCCCAGAGUGCGUUGGUGGCCGACGCUGGCUCAGCUACUAUGGCAGUGAAGUAUGGAGGGCCGAUGGAUGUAGCCAGGCAAGUGCUGAGGUCCGAAGGUGGUGCAAGGGGUCUCUUCAAGGGUUUGGUUCCCACCUUGGCUCGUGAGGUUCCCGGAAAUGCUGCAAUGUUCGGUGUCUAUGAAGCAUUGAAGCAGUACAUGGCAGGAGAAACCGACACAUCGAAAUUGGGAAGAGGAUCGUUGAUUGUAGCUGGAGGCUUGGCGGGAGCUUCGUUCUGGGGCUCUGUCUACCCAACUGAUGUUGUCAAGAGUGUGAUCCAAGUAGAUGAUUACAAAAAUCCGAAAUACAAAGGCUCCAUACAUGCAUUUAGGUCGAUCUUAGCAUCAGAGGGAGUGAAAGGGCUUUACAAAGGGUUCGGCCCCGCCAUGGCACGAAGCAUCCCUGCAAAUGCAGCAUGCUUCUUGGCAUAUGAAGUGACAAGGUCUAGUUUAGGCUAAUCAAAUGCUGUUGUGGUUAAAAGUUUUAACAUUGUUAUCAUAUUUGCUUCUGUCACAGCCAUUUUCUGUUGAUGAAUGAUGAUGUUUAAAUUGGUAAUUUUUGGGCC